AUGGCGGAGACCCUUCCCUCCAUACAUAAUAUGCAUGCGGCCCAUCUCUCGAGCGACUCGAGGCAACGAAUUGAGCUUGCCCGCAAGCUCAAAGAUGCAGGACCGCUUGCCGACGAGCACUCCAAGAUUCUAGCGUCGCAAAUAGGAGGCGAUCGAAGAUCAGCGGCCAUGCUCUUUUGGAUGGGGGAGGCAGGAGCUCAGGCUCUGGCCGCGCAGUUGGGAGAGGACCGCGACAACCUCACUCAUCGCAUGGCCAUGACGUCGCUCUUGGCUUCUGGGCCGACCGGCGUCCAAGCCCUGCAUGCAGCCCUGGGAGGUUCCGACCCUCUGUGCCGACAGAAUGCGGCAGAAGCUUUGGCCAUGGCAGGCGAUUCCGGGAGUGAUGCCCUCGUGGACAGGUUGAAAGAUCCCUGUGACGAUGUUCGGCUCUCGGCAGCUUGGGGAUUGUCCAGGAUGCCAAAGCUCUCCCGCGCCGCGGCCCUGUCCUUGGCACGGGGCCUGGAGGACCCGGCUGUGCGCAGCUUCGCUGUCGAGGCAUUGAGCUUGAGGGGCGACCUGGGCGCCUCUGCGCUGGCGACGCAGCUGGCCUCAGAGCAGCAGGCCCAGCAGGUGGCCGCUUCUGGCCUUCAGAAGCUCGGCGAGGCUGGGGCACGUGCCGCGGCUGAGAUGCUGCGUCACGAGAGCCCCGCCGGCCGACGUCGAGCUGCGGAGCUGCUUGCUUCGAUGGGCCAAGCAGCCUCCAGUGCCCUGGCACCCUCCCUUCGCGACAAAGACGGCGACCUCCGUCGCCGAGCCGCCGAGGUUUUAGGGCGCUUGGGCUCCGCGGCCGCAGGCGAGGUGAAGGCCUUGUCACGGCUUCUGGAGGAUCCAAACCCUUAUGCACGGAUCAGCGCUGCACGUUCUCUUCGAGCUGAAGGCCUGAAAGAGGCCGCCAGUGCGGCGGGAGUGCCCGAAGAACGAAUUACGGCUGCCCUCAACAGCAGACAGGUCCCUCGCAGAGCUAGAAGACCUCGCUUUGCCUUGUCACAAGCUUGA